AUGGAUCGACAUCUUGGUGAUUGGAAUGUUCCCAGUUUUACCAUUAUGAGUUAUGAGAAGGGAACAGUCAAGGAUGCUCAGAAAGAUGAGUUAGCUAUUUUAGAUAGAAAUAUUGAUUGUUCUUCAACUGAUCUGCUCACUUCCUUUGUUCCUUUGACCACUCAUACACCAGUUCUUGGAAUACAGAGUGAAGAAAGUUACUUUGAUACUAAGGAGCACACAGAUGAUUCUUGGCUUGUUAGUGAAGCAACGAAUGCUCUCUUUAAUCUACAUGCUGACUUUAGUGCUUUUCUGGAAAUCUGGAAACCAUCGGUUGAAUUGGAUAAUGAGAGCAAAAUUUCACAAACUACUACUGCUGUUGCUGAACGGAAUGUGGAAAAUAUAUCACUGAAUCAAGUGGCUCUUUCGAUUACUUCGCCUUUACUGCAAUUGAAUUCUUUGCAGAAGGAUAUUACCAUCGCUGGUAACAAGAAAGAACAACAGAUGGACAAGUGGUAUUGUGUUUUUUGUUUCAAUAACGCUCGCUUCGCUUACGAGAAAGGUGGUAUAAUCCUUCAUCCACAGCUUAAUGGACCAUGGCGAACUCAUGUAUGCAAGGAUCCUAAGGGUGUGGUGAUUUGUCCUGUUUUGGCUGCACAUGUCUGUCGUCACUGCGGUGCUACCGGCAAAUUUGCACAUACAGAAAAAUAUUGCGAUUCAGAGAAGAAACGAAAUCAACAGACAAUGAAUUUGAGGCGAAUUGGUUAG